AUGGGGUCGACACGUCUCUACUCGAAAGGCCGGAUCCUCGGACACAAGCGCGGAAAGAGGAACUCUCGGCCCAACCAGUCGUUGGUAGCCAUUGAGGGUGUCGACUCGGCAGAGGCAGCGAGGUCUUACCUUGGAAAGCGUGUCGCAUACGUCUACAAGGCAAAGCGCGAGAUCAACGGGUCCCGCGUUCGGGUCAUCUGGGGCCGUAUCUCCCGCCCACACGGCGGUAACGGUGUCGUCAAGUCAAAGUUCAGCUCCAACCUCCCCGCACGCGUGUUCGGUGCUUCGUGCCGCAUCAUGCUCUACCCUUCCACCAUUUAA